GCGCCGAGCGGGCGGCGGCGGCGGGGGCUCCGCCGCAGCGACGCGGGCCGGGGCGACCAAGAGCGAGUGCAGGACGCGCGGCCGCCGCCCCCAGCGCAGCCCGCAGGGCCCCGGGACCGCCGGACCGGGCCGCCGGCCGGCCGUGCGCCGAGUUCAGCCGCCCCCGGCACGGCUGGACCAGCAAUGGUGGACCACUUGCUUCCAGUGGACGAGACCUUCUCGUCGCUGAAGUGCCCCGUUGGUUAUCUGGGUGACAGGCUGGCUGGCGGGCGGGCACACCACAUGCUGCCCUCGCCCCUCUCGGAGGACGACAGUGACGCCUCCAGCCUCUGUUCCUGUGCCAGCCCUGACUCGCAAGCCCUUUGCUCCUGCUACAGUGGCGGCCCCGGGGCCGAGAGCCAGGACAGCAUCUUGGACUUCCUGCUGUCCCAGGCCACGCUGGGCGGCGGCGGCGGCGGUGGCAGCGCUGGGGCCGACGGCGGCCCCGUGGCCUGGGGGACCUGGCGGAAAGCACCGGCACCUGUGAAGGGGGAGCAUUUCUGCUUCCCCGAGUUCCCCGUGGGAGACCCCGGUGGCGUCCCGAGGCCCUUCCAGCCCACCCUGGAGGAGAUUGAAGAGUUCCUGGAGGAAAACAUGGAGCCAGGGGCGCCGGAGGCCCCGGGAAGCAGCAGCAGGGCCCCGGAGGCCCGCGGCCAGCUCUCCACCGGGCUGCACAGGAGCCACCUCCAUGCUGGGGCCAGUGGGAGAGAGCGCUGUGCCCCCGCGCCGGGAGCUGCUGUGGGCGGCAGCCGGAGCCCGGGCGGGGGUCCCGCGCCCGGCGGCCCCAUCCCCGUGCUGCUGCAGAUCCAGCCGGUGCAGGUGAAGCAGGAAUCUGGCGCCGAGCCCGUCUCCCCCGGGCAGGCCGCUGAGAGCCUCAAGGUGGCCCAGCUCCUGGUCAACAUCCAGGGGCAAACCUUCACGCUGGUGCCCCAGGCGGUGCCCUCCUCCAGCUUAAACCUGCCCUCCAAGUUCGUGCGCAUCGCCCCCGUGCCCAUCGCCGCCAAGCCCAUCGGGUCGGGACCCCUGGGGCCCGGCUCCGCCGGCCUCCUCAUGGGCCAGAAGUUCCCCAAGAACCCGGCGGCAGAACUCAUCAAAAUGCACAAGUGUACUUUCCCCGGCUGCAGCAAGAUGUACACCAAAAGCAGCCACCUCAAGGCCCACCUGCGCCGGCACACAGGGGAGAAGCCCUUCGCCUGCACCUGGCCGGGCUGUGGCUGGAGGUUCUCGCGCUCGGAUGAGCUGUCCCGGCACCGGCGCUCGCACUCGGGCGUGAAGCCCUACCAGUGCCCCGUGUGCGAGAAGAAGUUUGCGCGCAGCGACCACCUGUCAAAGCACGUCAAGGUCCACCGCUUCCCCCGCGGCAGCCGAGCGCCUCGGCCCUGACCCCGUGCCCGCCCGACCACCUGCCCCGCCCGGUACUUUGUAGCCACGAGUUAUUGGCCUCCUUCAGAGGGACUUGUCCACGUUCCAGGCCACCUUCUGGAGCCCGGGGAUGCGGACCCAGGCCUCCACCCGCCCCUGCCUGGGGGGGCCCGGAGGCGGCCUGGGGGCCCUCGUGCCUUCCUGCGGCCCGGCCCCUCUCCCGCUGGGCUCCCCGCCUGGGCCAGGGCUAGCACUCGAUUGCUGGGGACGAAGACAUGUGCAGUUUUGAAAUGUCAGUUCCCGGAGGGAGCUCUGCUGGGCAGAAGGAAGUAGGCCAGGAGUCUGGGGCUGCAAUGGAGUGUGAGUGUGGCCUUGUCCAAGACGCCUCCCUCGGCCUGACCCCUGGAGGGUACGGUGGGGUGGUCUGGGGUGCAGGACCUGGCCUCCGGGUGGAUGUGGGAUUGGGUGACGAGCCCCCUCUCGGCGAGGUGGCCGUGCAUGUGCUUGAGUUAAAUGUGCAGGGCAGACGGACAGAUGCAGGUCUGCCCCAGGGCGAUGGUACCGGUGUGGCCCAGCCCCUCAUCCUGUUUCCAGACAAAUCCAGACAGCAGCCUCCAGGGUCACCUUCAAGAGGAGAGGGGAGCCGCUGCAUUGCGUGUGGAAGAGCUAGAUAGAGCCUCCCAAAACCCUGAUUUAGAAAAUGCGUUCCUUAUUUUGUCUAGAAAUUAAUAUCAAAUGAACUAGCUUGUUUUGAGAGGUUUAUUUCACAUCCUAUGAAUGUAUGUAAAUAAAAUGUACAUAGGUGCAUCUACAUAAAAUCUUUUAAUAACAUGUCAACAUUGUGUAAAUUUGAAAUAAAAUCUAUAAAGCUGGUGUACAUAUGUUACAAUUAUAUAUAUUUUCUUUGGUCCUUCAUAAAAAUAUAUUUACUUUGCCAAUAAA